UUACUAUUUUACUCGGUAAAUUUACUGAUUAGCUUUAAUCCAGCGGUCAGCACAUUUUCGAUUUGCCGACGCUCGAUUGUUGUUAUUAUAAUAUUAUUAUACCUAUUAUUGUAAUUUAUAAUAUAAUUGGUUAUUCCGUUGCUCAUAAUUUCUUUCGACCUUUGUAAUUUACCAUAGUUGAAAAUUUCGUUUAUUUUUACCGUAGGAUGAAUGUAUCACAGUUAUAAUGAGUUAUUGGAAACAUUUUGAUGUCAAUGUGAAUGAAUUAAAAGAUUAUUUCAAAACUCACAAGUCCGUCAAAGAAUUCCAAGCACAUUCGUCGAAAGUACAUUCAGUUGGUUGGAGUUGUGACGGCAAACGUUUAGCGUCGUGUUCAUUUGAUAAAUCUGUGGCUACAUUCACAUUGGACAAAGACCGGCUGAACAAGGAAUACACAUAUAAAGGACACAGUGGUAGCGUGGAUCAGUUAUGUUGGCAUAAGUCUAAUCCAGAUUUACUGAGUACAGCAAGUGGUGACAAAACAGUCAAAGUAUGGGAUGUGAGACACCAGAAAUGUUCGAAUACUAUUUUGACCAAAGGAGAAAAUAUUAACAUCACAUGGUCUCCUGAUGGACAUACAAUUGCUGUUGGAAAUAAAGAGGACUUGAUAACUUUCAUCGAUAUGCGCACCCUCAAACCAAUUAGUGAGCAACAGUUUAAUUUUGAAGUGAACGAAAUGUCAUGGAACAAUGAAAGCGAUUUGUUUUUCUUGACAAAUGGUUUAGGAUGUGUUUAUGUGCUAAGUUUCCCAGACUUAGUUCAGCGGCAUGUGGUUAAAGCUCAUCCGGGUACAUGCAUUUGUAUAGAAUUUGCACCAAGUGGCCAUUAUUUUGCUGUUGGAUCGGCAGAUGCUUCUGUGUCUUUGUGGGACCUCGAGAAUUUGGCUUGUGUACAGACUUACACCAGAUUGGAUUGGCCAGUUCGAGCUUUAAGUUUUUCCUAUGAUGGUAAAAUGUUGGCAUCAGGUAGUGAAGAUUUGUAUGUGGACAUUGCAGAUGUUACUACAGGAGAAAAAAUUACUGAUAUACCAAUUGAAGCAGCAACAUUCACUGUGGCAUGGCAUCCAAAACAGUAUUUAUUGGCAUUUGCAUGUGAUGAUAAAGAACAAUUUGACAGGAAAAGAGAUACUGGAAAUCUUAAAGUAUUUGGUUUUAGUUCUGAGUAAUAUAUUGAAACAACAUAAAUUUAAAAUUUAUUUUUAAGUAUAACAUCAAUAGAAAUUAAAUCUGUAAAUAUAUAUAUUGAAGACAGAUUAAUCAUACUAUUGCAUAAUUUUAAUUGUUCAUAAGCUGUAUAUUUCUACAUAAAAUAAGAAUCAUUCAAACAUCCUAAAAUUGUAUUCUGUUAUAUAAAAUGUAUGAAAUUAUGAUUAUAACAUUUAUGCAAACAUAUUUUAAUAAAAUAUAUUUUUAUAAUGCAAACAAAAGGUAUAGUAAUAAGUACAUUGAUUCAACUUUUACUAUUAUGAGUUGUGUGAACGCUGACGAGUUUUAUAUAAUUUUUUUUUAUAUAAUAGUUUUUUUCUCCACAAUUAUAUUGUACCUAUAGGUCAUAGGUAAGGUAUACAUUUUCUGGAACUUUUUAAUUGUUUGCUUAUAAAAGAACAAUCAAUUUCAAACAAUAGCAUCACACAAUUUGAAUUUGUAAAGUAAGUUUAAAUACUGUACACUUCGGUUAAUCAAUUUGUGGCAUCGGCGUGGACACGGGGAAGGGGUAUUUCACCCAAAACAAUAUUUAUUAAAUAAAAACUCCAAUGGUUUUCGAUA